GUGAGACCAGCUGUGAGACCAGCUGUGAUACAAGCUGUGAGACCAGCUGUGAGACCAGUUGCGAGACCAGCAGUGAGACCAGCUGUGCGACCAGCAGUCAGACCAGCUGUGAGACCAGCUGUGAGACCAGCUGUGAGACCAGCAGUGAGACCAGCUGUGAGACCAGCUGUGAGACCAGCAGUGAGACCCGGUGUGAGACCGGCUGUGAGACCAGCUGUCGGACCAUCUGUGCGACUAGCAGUGAGACCAGCUGUGAGACCAGCUGUGAGACCAGCUUUGAGACCAGCUGUGAGACCAGCUGUGAGACUCGCACUGAGACCAGCUGUGCGACCAGCAGUGAGACCAGCUGUGAGACCAGGAGUGACACCAGCUGUGAAACCAGCUGUGAGACCAUUUGUGCGACCAGCUCUGUGAGAGCAGCUAUGAGACCAGCUGUGAGACCAGCUGUGAGACCAGCUGUGAGACCAGCUGUGAGACCAGCUGUGAGACCAGCAGUGAGACCAGCUGUGAGACCAGCAGUGAGACCAGCUGUGAGACCAGCUGUAAGACCAGCUGUGAGACCAGCUGUGAGACCAGCACCAGCAGUGAGCCCAGCAGUGAGACCAGCUGUGAGACCGGCUGUGAGACCAGCUGUAAGACCAGCUGUGAGACCAGCUGUGAGACCAGGAGUGACACCAGCUGUGAAACCAGCUGUGAGACCAUUUGUGCGACCAGCUGUGAGACAGGCAGUGAGACCAGCUGUGAGAUCAGCACCAGCAGUGAGACCAGCUGUGAGACCAGCUGUGAGACCAGCUGUGAGACCGGCUGUGAGACCAGCUGUGAGACCAGCUGUGAGACCAGCUGUGAGACCAGCUGUGAGACCAGCUGUGAGACCAGCUGUGAGACAAGCUGUGAGACCAGCUAUGAGACCAGCUGUGAGACCAGCUGUGAGACCAGCUGUGAGACCAGCUGUGCGACUAGCAGUGAGACCAGCUGUGAGACCAGCAGAGAGACCAGCUGUGAGACCAGCAGUGAGACCAGCUGUGAGACCGGCAGAGAGACCAGCUGUCGGACCAUCUGUGAGACCAGCUGUGAGACCAGCUGUGAGACCAGCUGUGAGACCAGCUGUAAGACCAGCUGUGAGACCAGCUGUGAGACCAGGAGUGACACCAGCUGUGAAACCAGCUGUGAGACCAUUUGUGCGACCAGCUGUGAGACAGGCAGUGAGACCAGCUGUGAGAUCAGCACCAGCAGUGAGACCAGCUGUGAGACCAGCUGUGAGACCAGCUGUGAGACCGGCUGUGAGACCAGCUGUGAGACCAGCUGUGAGACCAGCUGUGAGACCAGCUGUGAGACCAGCUGUGAGACAAGCUGUGAGACAAGCUGUGAGACCAGCUGUGAGACCAGCAGUGAGACCAGCUGUGAGACCAGCAGUGAGACCAGCUGUGAGACCAGCAGAGAGACCAGCUGUGAGACCAGCAGUGAGACCAGCUGUAAGACCGGCGGAGAGACCAGCUGUCGGACCAUCUGUGAGACCAGCUGUGAGACCAGCUGUGAGACCAGCUGUGAGACCAGCUGUGUGACAAGCUGUGAGACCAGCUGCGAGACCAGCUGUGAGACAAGCUGUGAGACCAGCUGUGAGACCAGCUGUGAGACUAGCUGUAAGACCAGCUGUGCGACUAGCAGUGAGACCAGCUGUGAGACCAGCAGUGAGACCAGCUGUGAGACCAGCAGUGAGACCAGCUGUGAGACAAGCAGUGAGACUAGCUGUGAGACCAGCAGUGUGACCAGCUGUGAGACCAGCUGUCGGACCAUCCGUGAGACCUGCUUUGAGACCAGCAGUGAGACCAGCUGUGAGACCAGCUGUGAUACAAGCUGUGAGACCAGCUGUGAGACCAGUUGCGAGACCAGCAGUGAGACCAGCUGUGCGACCAGCAGUCAGACCAGCUGUGAGACCAGCUGUGAGACCAGCUGUGAGACCAGCAGUGAGACUAGCUGUGAGACCAGCAGUGUGACCAGCUGUGAGACCAGCUGUGAGACCAGCUGUCGGACCAUCCGUGAGACCUGCUGUGAGACCAGCAGUGAGACCAGCUGUGAGACCAGCAGUGAGACCAGCUGUGAGACCAGCUGUGAGACCAGCUGUGAGACCAGCUAUGAGACCAGCUGUCGGACCAUCUGUGAGAGCAGCAGUGAGACCAACUGUGAGACCAGCUGUGAGACUCGCACUGAGACCAGCUGUGCGACCAGCAGUGAGACCAGCUGUGAGACCAGCAGUGAGACCAGGUCUGCGAGCUGCAGUGAGACCAGCUGUGGGACCAGCUGUGAGACCAGCUGUGAGACCAGCUGUGAGACCAGCUGUGAGACCAGCUGUGAGACCAGCUGUGAGACCAGCUGUGAGACCAGCAGUGAGACCAGCUGUGAGACCAGCAGUGAGACCAGCUGUGAGACCAGCAGUGAGACCAGCAGUGAGACCAGCUGUGAGACCAGCACCAGCAGUGAGCCCAGCAGUGAGACCAGCUGUGAGACCGGCUGUGAGACCAGCUGUGAGACCAGCUGUAAGACCAGCUGUGAGACCAGCUGUGAGACCAGGAGUGACACCAGCUGUGAAACCAGCUGUGAGACCAUUUGUGCGACCAGCUGUGAGACAGGCAGUGAGACCAGCUGUGAGAUCAGCACCAGCAGUGAGACCAGCUGUGAGACCAGCUGUGAGACCAGCUGUGAGACCGGCUGUGAGACCAGCUGUGAGACCAGCUGUGAGACCAGCUGUGAGACCAGCUGUGAGACCAGCUGUGAGACCAGCUGUGAGACAAGCUGUGAGACCAGCUGUGAGACCAGCUGUGAGACCAGCUGUGAGACCAGCUGUGAGACCAGCUGUGCGACUAGCAGUGAGACCAGCUGUGAGACCAGCAGUGAGACCAGCUGUGAGACCAGCAGAGAGACCAGCUGUGAGACCAGCAGUGAGACCAGCUGUGAGACCGGCAGAGAGACCAGCUGUCGGACCAUCUUUGAGACCAGCUGUGAGACCAGCUGUGAGACCAGCUGUGAGACCAGCUGUGAGACUAGCUGUAAGACCAGCUGUGCGACUAGCAGUGAGACCAGCUGUGAGACCAGCAGUGAGACCAGCUGUGAGACCAGCAGUGAGACCAGCUGUGAGACCAGCAGUGAGACUAGCUGUGAGACCAGCAGUGAGACCAGCUGUGAGACCAGCUGUCGGACCAUCCUUGAGACCUGCGGUGAGACCAGCAGUGAGACCAGCUGUGAGACCAGCUGUGAUACAAGCUGUGAGACCAGCUGUGAGACCAGUUGCGAGACCAGCAGUGAGACCAGCUGUGCGACCAGCAGUCAGACCAGCUGUGAGACCAGCUGUGAGACCAGCUGUGAGACCAGCAGUGAGACCAGCUGUGAGACCAGCUGUGAGACCAGCAGUGAGACCCGGUGUGAGACCGGCUGUGAGACCAGCUGUCGGACCAUCUGUGCGACUAGCAGUGAGACCAGCUGUGAGACCAGCUGUGAGACCAGCUUUGAGACCAGCUGUGAGACCAGCUUUGAGACCAGCUGUGCGACCAGCAGUGAGACCAGCUGUGAGACCAGGAGUGACACCAGCUGUGAAACCAGCUGUGAGACCAUUUGUGCGACCAGCUGUGAGACAAGCAGUGAGACCAGCUGUGAGAUCAGCACCAGCAGUGAGACCAGCUGUGAGACCAGCUGUGAGACCAGCUGUGAGACCGGCUGUGAGACCAGCUGUGAGACCAGCUGUGGGACAAGCUGUGAGACAAGCUGUGAGACAAGCUGUUAGACCAGCUGUGCGACUAGCAGUGAGACCAGCUGUGAGACCAGCUAUGAGACCAGCUGUGAGACCAGCUGUGAGACCAGCUGUGAAACCAGCUUUGUGACCAGCUGUGAGACCAGCUGUGAGACCAGCUUUGAGACCAGCUGUGCGACCAGCAGUGAGACCAGCUGUGAGACCAGGAGUGACACCAGCUGUGAAACCAGCUGUGAGACCAUUUGUGCGACCAGCUGUGAGACAAGCAGUGAGACCAGCUGUGAGAUCAGCACCAGCAGUGAGACCAGCUGUGAGACCAGCUGUGAGACCAGCUGUGAGACCGGCUGUGAGACCAGCUGUGAGACCAGCUGUGAGACAAGCUGUGAGACAAGCUGUGAGACAAGCUG